UUCAUGAGUACUGGAUGGUGCUUAGAGACCACGUAUCUGCGAUUGAUGAACUUGCUAUGGCAACAGAGCGGCUCAGAGUUAGACUUCCUGAUGAGCCAAAGCCCAACCCACCCGUGCUUCAUAUUAUUGAACCGCAUGAGGUGGAACAAAACCGUGUAAAGCUACUAAAUGACAAAGCAGUCGCCAAGUCGCAGUUACAAAAGAAGCUAGGGCAGCUCCUCUAUCUUACAAAUUUGGAAAAGUCUCAGGAUAAAACUUCGGAUGGAGUAAAUCCAGAACCUUGCCCAAUAUGUGCUCGGGAUCUUGGAAAGCAGUGGGCUGUACUGACUUGCGGACAUUGCUUUUGUAAUGAAUGUGUAGCCAUCAUUAUAGAACAGUACAGUGUAGGCACACGCAGAAGUGCUAUCAAAUGUGCUAUCUGUAGGCAGACCACAUCACAUAAAGAGAUCUCCUAUGUCUUCACCUCUGAAGCAGCAAACCAGGAAAAGGAUAUUCCUGUAAAGGGAAGCCACUCUACCAAAGUUGAAGCUGUGAUCCGAACACUUAUGAAGAUUCACAUUCGAGAUCCUGGUGCCAAAGCAUUGGUUUUCUCAACCUGGCAAGAUGUGCUGGACAUCAUCGCUAAAGCCCUUCAGGACAACAAUUUGGUAUAUUCACAGAUAAACGGGAUCCAGAAGUUUCAGGAGAACCUCUCAGCAUUUAAGUAUGAUUCCAAUAUCAACAUUUUGCUGCUUCCGCUGCACACUGGUUCCAAUGGACUCAAUAUAAUUGAAGCUACUCAUGUGUUAUUAGUAGAGCCCAUUCUGAAUCCAGCGCAUGAACUUCAAGCUAUUGGUCGUGUUCACCGAAUUGGCCAAACAAAGUCUACUAUUGUUCACCGCUUCCUGAUAAAAGCAACCAUUGAAGAAAGGAUGCAAGCAAUGUUAAAAACGGCUGAGAGGAGCCAUACAAGCACCUCAAUGAAGCAGUCUGAAGCAUCUGUCCUGACUGUAGCUGACCUGGCAGACCUGUUUACAGAAGAGAGAGAACAUUUGGAGUAGUUUGCCAGUGAUAGUUAAAGGUACAUGAAACCCAAAAUUUUUCUUUCAUGAUUAAGAUAGAGCACACAAUUUUAAACAAGUUUCGAAAAGACUUACAUUGUCAAAUUUGCUUCAUUCUCUUUAUAUCCUCUGUUGAAGGAGCCAACAAUGCUUUACUGAUUGCUAGCUGAACAGGAUAGCCAAUGACAUAUAUAUUGCAACCACCAAUCAGCAGCUAGCUCCUAGUAGUACAUUGCUGUUCUUGAGCCUACCUAGGUAUGCGUUUUGACAAAGGAUACCAAGUGAACAAAGCAAAUUAGGUAAUUGGAGUAAAUUGGAACGUUGUGUAAAAUUGUGUGAUCUAUAUAAAUCAUGAACAAAAAAUAUGGAGUUUCUUGUUCCUUUACCUCUAUUGUAAAAACGCACUUUCCAGAUUCCAUUCACGUUCUCAAUAUAUAACCAUUCCUACUGAUCAACACUUAUCUUAGGUAAUUGUGUGUCAUAUUGCACUUCUGUCCAAUCUUUUAGCAAUAUUAUCACCUUUUAUAUUAGUGGGCAUGUUUGUAAGCUUGAAAUGUGGCUUUUCAAUGACAGUAUCUCCUUACGCUGAAAUGUCACUGCAAGGGCUCUGUGUUCUCAUAAAAUUACAUUUAUAAUACACCAAAUGUGCAUUGUAAAAGCAUCACAUAGCUAGGCAUAGAUACAAACACUAUGGAGAACUGUUGCCAUGGAAACCCACAAUCUAAAAGAUGCUCAGAGUGGAAGAUAUUUUUCAAAGAAAUUAGACUAUGGUAACCAAAAGGUGCUAUUUCAGCACAUCCAACAUUUUAAAAAUCAAUCUUAAAGGGACAUUAAACACUAAAUAAAUCAUUGCUUCAUUUAUUGAUUCAGAGCACAGAUUGGCCUGAAAAUAGUUUGUACAUGUAUUAUUAUUUUUUUUAAUUGUAUUAAUUGUUUAAAUAUUAAAAAAAAAAAAAAAAUAUAAGGGUAAAGUUAAUGUCCACAAAGCUGUGGGCGCCGUCUUAUUGUAACUAAGGUUACCUUUUCUGCUGAGGCCAAUUAGGAAUGGUUAUAAAUGGCUAACUAGAGUGUGCGGCCAAUGACUGUUUGGAAUAGAUCUGUGUCUGCACUUCCAUGUUUAACAUGAGUUGGAAAGCCCAAAAUAUUCAGAAUUAAAUCACAGGAAAGGAGAACAAAAUAAAUAAUGAAAGUAUACUGCAAAGUUGUUUUACUCCAUGCAAUUAAUACAUUUAUAUUAAUAUCUUGAGGUGCUUAAUGUCCCUUUAAAUUAUGUUUAUGUAUUUUAUUAUUGAAGAAUUUAGGCCUAAUUUUAAAUUGUUGUUAGAUUAGUUAAUUCAAGUUAUAGAAGACCAAGAGUACUGUGCUAACAUAUUUUAUGAAGUAAAUAAUACAAACUCUGUAAAUAUUUUAUCAAACACCUAAAACCCAGCAAAAUCCUUCCAGAAUUGAUGUCACAGAAGUGAUUCCAAAAAUAAAUAUGAAUGUUGUUGUUACCUAAACCCUUUUUUUUUUUUUUUUUAAAUGUGUGCUGGUUUAUCCAGUGAUAUAUAUUUUUUUUCCCCUAGUCAAAAUGACAACUUUCAGAGACAAUAUUUUAUGUACAUUCCUAAUAGUGGUCAAAUUGAUUCCAUUAUUUACACUAUUGCUGUUUUUGGGGGGUGCAUAGAUCAAAUUUCGUACAGACAUUGUCUUCCCAAAGAACAUCUGACUUUUUAAUAUUUCUUUAUGUCAUCUUAGUGAUCUUUAUAUAGCCCCUCUGUAUAACUUUCUGCAGAAACCAUGAACUAUUACGGUUUUCCUCUGGAGGACUCUGGGUAAGGAUAUGAACAUGGGGCAUCUGAUCUUUUGAAAACUAUGGAUAGUUAAUCCUUGGCAUCCGCCAGUUUGAGCAAAUGGAAAUAGAUUGUGGAAACCCUUUUUCAAUAAUCAAGUUGUAGAUAAAAAAAAAAAGAUUUUUUUCUUUUCUUCAAAUGUACUGUUAUGUGAUGCCUUUUACUAGGAUUCUGUUUGUAAGAUCUCUGCUCACAAGAUAAAUAUUUGUAUAUAUUUUAAACUGUUAAUGUUAUAUAAAAGGUGGACUGUUUUACUAAA